AACAAAUUAAAGCAAAUACAAUCAUGAUACGUGUCCUCUAAGCUAACUACAUGAUUCUAUUAUUUAGAGGUACAUGACGCAUAGGAUAUCUCGCUCUUUAACAAAAUGGAACAAAAUUAUUGCAUGUAUUUUGUCAUAAUGGCUUUGUUGUCAGGCUUGAUAUCAAGUCAAACGUGUAACAACGCCCUGUGUAAGAGACGAGACAUUGCAGGAUUGAAAGUUGAAAUAACUGAUAAAAUGAAUGUUAUGGAAAGUGAACUCGAAGAUAAAAUAUCUGAAGUCAGAGCUGAAGUUCGAAAAAUGUCCUCUGAUAUAUCUGGAGUAAAAGAUGAAGUUGUUAAACUCUCUGAUGAAAUAUCCAAGUUAGGGUCGAACAUGAAAAAACAUGUUCCAGAGGAUGAUAGGUCCACGUUUGAGUCUAAAGUAAUGGAUCGUUUAGCUCAAAUGGAUAGCAAACUAAAUAUGAUGACUGUAACUUUACCAAAUAAGGAUUGUCGUCUAGCCAAGGAUGGAACAAGUACAAUACUGACAAGAUCUGGGAAACAUGUUACAGCUAACUGUGAUGAUGGGUGGUUGGUUAUUGCACACCGAUUCAAUGGCAAAGAGAUAUUCCAUAAUCGAACAUGGAAUGAAUACAAAAAUGGAUUUGGGUCGCCGCGAGGGGAAUACUUCCUUGGGUUUGAUGCUAUCUUAAUGAUUCUUAGGCGAGGAAAAUACAAAAUGAGAUUUGACCUUGUUGGAUGGGACAAUAAACAUGCGAUUGCGGAGUACUCUACCUUCAGUAUUGGGGAAGAAAGUGAAGAUUAUCCAAUAACCGUGGAUGGGUUUUCUUCUACAGGAGCUAGUACUCGUAUUUUCUACGACUCUAUGAGAAGGCAUAAUCACAGACCAUUUUCAACAAUAGAUAGAGACAAUGAGGGGCGUUAUAACUGCCCUACGAUUAUCAGAGGUGCCUGGUGGUAUUAUGGUUGUGCCGACUCUAAUCUGUUCUCAGUUUACCCCAAUGGUCCAAAGUGUGAUGGAAACUACAACAAUGCAUGUAUGGUUUGGGCCAACUUUCCAGGUUCUGUAUACCUGAAAGAAAUGAAAAUGAAAAUCAAACCAGCACCAUAACCCACUCUGGCAGUCUUUCAGUUAUUCAUUAACAUUUAAAUGUAAUGAAAUAUUGGUAAAUAAAGACAAAUGAUAAUAAUGAUCGAGUGAUCUUAUUAGUUAUCGUAUCCUCACCAAUCAAAAAUUAUAUUUCUAUAAAUGACAAUCAAUGUCUAUGCGUGAC